AUGCUCCUGAUGUCGAAGGCAAGGCCCCCUCAGGACCCCAGAAGACCCAGUUCUGUGAAGCCAGAAAAGCAGAGCAGUCACUGCGACGGCACCGCUGCUGAGAGCCCAGGGGGGCUCCUUCGCCUGGUGGGCGGUCCCGGCCGCUGCGCCGGGCGGGUGGAGGUGCUCCACAACGGGACAUGGGGGACAGUGUGCGACGACGGCUGGGGUUCCUCCGAGGGUCGGGUCGUGUGCCGGCAGCUGGGCUGUGGGACGGUGCUGUCGGUGGCACCAGGAACUCGGUAUGGAGAAGGGACAGGACAGAUCUGGUUGGAUGAGGUCAACUGCACCGGGGAGGAAAGGAACCUCUCCGAAUGCCGAGCCAGGCCGUGGGGGGAACACAACUGUCACCACGUGGAGGACGCCAGCGUUGAGUGCUCAGGUAGCCCAGGAUGGACCCUCCAGCUGCUCAAUGGCCCCAACCGCUGCGCCGGGAGGGUGGAGGUGCUCCACAACCACAUGUGGGGGACGGUCUGCGACGAUGGCUGGGACCUGGUGGACGCGGCAGUGGUGUGCCGGCAGCUGGGCUGUGGCACAGCGCUGUCGGCCACCAGCGGGGCUCACUUUGGGAGGGGCCACGAUCCCAUCUGGUUGGAUGAGGUGAACUGCACCGGCACUGAGGACACCCUCUUCGACUGCCAGGCCAGCGCGUGGGGGGACAACAACUGCUUCCACGGGGAGGAUGCUGGAGUGAUAUGUUCAGUGCUGGGAAGCACCUGCAGCACGCAGGCAGGCAAGUCGCCCUGCAAAGCCCUCACCCACCUCCUGCUGCCGUGA